AUGUACCCACACUACGACGUCGACGUCCAAGACGACGAUCGCGGCGAGACGAACACCAGCGUCGAGACGAACAACGUCGAAACCACCGAAACCACCAACGGUGUCAACGGCGUCGAAGAUGAGAACCAUUUCGAUAAUCACAUUAUCGAGAACGACACUAUCGAGAACGACACUAUCCAGAACGACAACAUUGAGAGCGACAACAUCGACGACAACAACAUCGACAACGACGACAUCGACGACAACAUCGAAAACGUAAACACCGUACGACAUGCCAACACCCCCGUCAGCCUCGGACUCAGCCUGGACGACAGCAGGCUCUCCCUCGACAACACCCGCUACUUCGAGUGGGUGGCAGACUACAUUAGGGACCUCUACGCCUGGGCCCACGACGCCUACCGCAUCAGCACCCAGACCCAUCGCAUCUCCACGUCGCUCAUCGAGACGGCGCAGCAGGGGCUCCUAUACGAACACAGCGGCGCGCUCGCGCAGUCGCAGAGGAACCGCGUCUGCGCCGAGCAUAUCUUACGGGACUUGCUGGAAAGCCUCAGGCUUGACGCUUUGGCGGGUACGCUUUAG